AUGGUCUCGCUGCUGCCUGCCCCGUGCAGCCAGUUCCUCUGGAGCCAGCCGGACCAGUAUCGUGCCAGCAAGUUCUUCUUGGGUGCCUGCGUCGGGAUCUUCUUUGGCCUUGGGGUGACCACCUUGGGCUGGGCCGUGUCCCCCCACUUUCGCUGUGCCACCCUGCUCAUGGUCCCCAAAUUCCUGGGCAAGGAGGGCCGGGUCUACGUCCUCUCCAUUGUCCUCGCCGCCAUCUACAAUGGGCCUGUGACCAAUACCUGGCACAACCUGGAGGAGGUGACGCGCAUGCUGGGCUGUGUAACGGAGAUGCAGAUCAACCACACUCGCCGGCUCUGGCAGUUGAUGAUGGACCCCAUGCGCAAAGUGAUGGAGGACUUGAUGUGGAGCGGGGAGAUGCUGAGCACCGAGAUGCAGAACAUCUCGCGUGCCUUCAUGGCACUGAAUGAGGAGGUGGCCAGCGAGGCAGGGUAUGACCUGAAGCAGCAGCAGUACCUGAAGCCCGAGCAGCACCCGAAGCCCGGGCAGCAGCCGAAGCCCGAGCAGCACCCGAAGCCCCAGGCAGCCCAGAGCACCCAGCAGCUGUAUGAAAUGAAGACCAAAAUGCGCUGCGUUUACAUGAUCCAACUGGGCAUGCAGCGCUGCUGGGACUGGUUCGACGAAUUAUACAAGGCUUGCUUGGCACAAGUGGCCGUGCCCAUCAUCAGCCACCUCCUCUGCCUGCCCAUGAAGUUCGAGUUCCUCUGCCACAUUGCCAGGCUCAUGCAGACCUGGUGCCAGGACAGGAUCCCUGUGGAGGGCAACUUCGGGCAGAUGUAUGACAUGGUGAACAACUCCGUCGACAGCCUCAGCCAGGAAUUCACUGCCAACAUUGUCAUCCAGGAGGAGCACCGCGAGAUGCUGAUGGGUGCCAACAUAACGUCGGAGCAGCUGCUGGAGGAGGUGAACAAGCAGUUGCAGCAGCAUGGUGCCUACGUGGGCCAGGCCGUCACCUUCUUCCGCCUGCUGCUCUCCUUCACCUUCCUCCUCGUCUUCAUCUCGGCGUUCUCCUACACCAGGCAGUACUGCAAGGACAUCUCCUUCGACAACGUCUACAUCAGCACCUACUUCCGCCAAAUUGAUGCCCGCCGCAAAAAGCAGCACAAGCGGACGCUGCUACCCCUGCGCCGGGCAGAGGUCUCCACCAUCAUCUUCCCGUGCCGCCUGACCAUGCAGCCGCCUGAGGUGCAGAGCAUGGUGCUGCAGCUGCUGGAGUGCGUUGCACCCCUGGUCCUCCUCGUCCUUGCCUGCAUCCUGGACCACGUGCUCUUCACCACGCUCAGCGUCAUCCAGCAGCACUCCUUUGUGCAGUACUCCUUCCAGAGCAGCCACCACUUGGUCGUCCAUGUGAUGGGCACAUCCCUGAUGGCUCGGCUCCUGCGGAGCACCAUCGGUGUCCUCAACAGCUCCUCUGACACCAGUCUGGAGACGUCCAACAUAGCCUGCCUGCCGCAGCCCCAGAGCAUGAAGAGGCAGGAGUACCUGGGCAGCUGCCUGCCCCUGGCCUUGCUGGCACUGCUCUGCCUGGUCCAGGUCUACACGUACCGCCUGCGCCGCGUCAUCGCAGCCUUCUACUUCCCCAAGCGGGAGAAGAGCCGCGUGCUGUACUUGUACAACAAGAUGCUGCAGCAGCGGCAGAGCUUCAUCCACUGGCAGCGGAAGCGCAUCAGACAGCGGGCACAGCGGCACCCGGGACUGGGGAUACCACUGGUGGAGUGGUGCUGCCGGCGCUGGCCGUGGCUGCGCCGCUGGGUGCGCCAGUACUGCACGGUGUGCGAGAUGCCCAAGACCCCCCAGGACCAGGUCUGCCCGGUGCCCACCUGCGGUGCUUGGUACUGUGAGCAGUGCUGGAAGGAGGCGGGUGGCACGUGCCUCGCCUGCACCCCUGGGGACGGCAGCAUCUCCCAGGACAGCAGCGAGGAGGACAUGCAGUACGCGGCCUGA